AUGAGGAACAAGCACUUACUGUAUGUGAUUAUCUGUUGCAAUACUUUAAUAAUAAUAUGCGGGAAUUUACUGCACCAUCCAUGCAGCUUUCUUCCAAGAUGUAGAUGCCGCUUGGAACAUCACAAAAACGUUGUAGAGGUCGAUUGCGGACAUACAAAGCUCAAAAAGAUUCCAUCCGUUCCAAGUUAUGUUAUAAAGUUGAUUAUGAAACAUAACCUCAUUGAUGAAAUACAUAAUGGUAUCUUUUCUAACAAUACAAUCCUUACAGAAUUAGACUUGUCUGAUAACAGGAUUCAUACAUUAACAGAAAUGUCGUUCAACGGUCUUCAGAAUUUAUUAAAGUUAAACUUGCAACACAAUCAUCUGUCAAAAGGAAAUAAUUCGAUCGGUGCUAAAACGUUCUCAUAUUUGAAAAAAUUGAAGUAUUUAAACUUGAAAAAUAAUUUUGUCAAAAACUACCAACCAGAUCUUUCACAACUAGUAUCACUUGAAAGUCUACAUAUUGACUUCUUGUCAAAUGGAAUUUCCCUCAUGAGCAAACAAUAUAGUAAACUGAAAAAUCUUGCAAUGCUAGAUCUUUCUGGGUCAUCUGGAAAAUGUUCACUACCAAUUUUGAAUAAUGAAUCCUUUCAGUUUAUCCCUCAGGUAAAACAUUUAGAUAUAUCAACUUGCAAGAUUCAACAAAUUCAUAAAGGGACAUUAACUGCUAUGAAAAAUAUGACGUAUCUGGACGUUUCAUAUAAUACGUGCAUUAAAUUUGAAGGAUUGAAAAACAUAACAAGUGAUUUACGAUUCUCAAAUAUUAACAUUCUAAAGAUUAACUGUCUUCACAAAAUUUCGGAUCUCACUACGGUUUUGAAGGCGUCUCAUAUUAAGAGUUUACAAAACACCUCACUUCAAUAUGUUUUUGCCGACGGUAAUCGUGUUCAAUCUAUAGAGAAAUACACAUUGACUUAUUUUCCAAAAUCACUGAAGUUUUUAUCCGUUAGACAAAAUCCAUUGAAAUUUGGACACUAUAUAUCAUAUGUAUUUUCGCUAACCAAUUUAGAAAGUAUAGACGUUUCAGAUCUUUAUCAUCAUAAAUCAGACCUUAAUCCCGAAAAAUGCAUUGUUGAUUCAAUAUGCACAUGCAGCGAAAACCCGCCGAAUGAACCCAGUUAUAUAGAACAAAGUGGGAUCUCCUCACUUUAUAUCAAAGACAAAAUCAGGAAAAAAGAUAUUACAGAUAACGUUAGUCUUGCUGCAAUACUGAUUCCAAAAAAUCUGAAACAUAUAAAUUACAGCUCUGCCAGUCUGAUUAUGGACAUACCGAAAUUGAUACUUUCCAGAGGUAAACUAGAGACUGUUGAUUUUAGUAAUAACAUAUUGCAUUCUAUGAUUGGUCCUAUUUACAAUGUACAAAGUCUAAAAACUCUAAACGUUGCUAACAAUUUUUGCAGCAAUAUUUCAAAAUUCUUCUUUAGUUCUGAUUUUAAAAACUUAGAACAUUUAAACUUUCAUAACAAUCUGCUUGGAAUUAUACUCCCUGAUGAUAUCGAUGGUGCUAUAUUUCAUAAUUUGGAAUCACUUAUUGAGCUCGUGCUAUCUAAUAACAGAAUUCCAAAUCUACCGGAGAAUAUAUUCAAAUCACAAAGAAAUCUGCAAAAACUUGAUUUAAGUGAAAAUAUUUUUACAGACAUUACAUUUCGUCUAUCACACAUGACACAUUUACAGGAAUUAGAUUUGAGUGGAAACAGAAUAUCAAUUAUCAGUGACCCUAUUACAUUACAAUGGGAUUAUGUAGCCAAACAGCACAUUUUUUCUGUCGAUUUGAAUGACAACUUGCUGGAAUGCAAUUGUAUAUCGCUUAAGUCUAUUAAAUGGAUGACAACCACAAAUGUACGUCUCAAGAAUAUAAAAGAGUAUAAGUGCAUGCUAUGGAAUCGAACAAUCAUUGCUCUUCACAAUCCGAAAGAAGCUUACAAUUUAUUAACGAAACAUUGCGCAUCAUAUGAAAAUUUAGAAUUAACCUUAGUUUUGGGAGUAUUACUUUUCAUAAUACUUAUCAUGGGUUCACUCAUAUACAGAUACCGCUGGAAGCUUCGCUACUUAUAUUAUAUAGUGAAAGUAAAGUAUAGCAGUUCACAUUCGGAAACUGAGGAAGAAUAUUCUUAUAUGUAUGGGGCAUUUGUAUCUUAUGCCGAUGAAGAUCGAAUAUUUGUUCACAAUACGCUUCUACAAAAACUGGAAAUUGAAAACGGAAUUCAAUUAUGCUUACACAAGAGAAAUUUCUUGCCCGGAAAUGACAUCGCUACUAAUAUCACUUCCGCAAUUCAUAACAGUCGGAGAACAUUAGUGAUAAUGUCUCCUAACUUUUUAAAAUCAUACUGGUGCAUGUUUGAAUAUAACAUGGCCAGAAUGGAAAACGUAUACGAACGACGAGACGAAAACGUGGUUUUCUUGAUGUUUUAUGAACAAAUGUCUCCUAGGGAACUUCCGUUGAAUGUGCUUGAGAUGAUUCAAUCUAAGUCUUAUAUAGAAUAUCCGAAUGAUGAAUAUGGGGAUACAGUUUUUUGGGACCAGUUAGUAAAUGCCUUAAAAUAA